ACACUCUCGUCCUCUAUAGGAACAGUGAUGUGAGUCUUGUGGUCUCCUUCAGUGCAGGACAAACACACACACAUCUGAUGAAGUUCUCAAGAGGACAUUCAGUACACUUCUGAGUGUGUUUGGUGUUGAGACAGAUGUUUUAGAGUCAGUGUCAGUGACGGAGGGAGAUUCUGUUACUCUAAAGAAUAAUGAUACUGAAAUACUGAGAGAUGAUGGGAUCAUGUGGACGUUUGGACCUAAACAAAUUCUCAUUGCUCACAUCAAAAGAGAAGCCAAAAAUGUCAUUAAUGAUGCUGCUGAUGGGAGAUUCAGAGGCAGAAUACAGCUGGAUCAGACUGGAUCUCUCACCAUCACAGACACCAGAACUACAGACUCUGGACAAUAUAAUGUAACCACCAAAAGCAAAGAGACCCUACUGAAAAUAUUCACUAUGACUGUCUAUGCUCAUCUGCCCGUUCCUGUCAUCAUCAGCAGAAACUCUUCUCAAUGUUCUUCAAGCUCUAUAUGUGUGUUGGUGUGUUCAGUGGUGAAUGUGACACAGGUGACUCUCUCCUGGUACAAAGGAAACCGUUUAUUCUCCUCCGUCAGUGUGUCUGAUCUCAGCAGUACUGUCUCUUUACAUCUGGAGCUGGAAUAUCAGGAGAACAACAUCUACAGCUGUGUGAUCAACAAUCCCAUCAUAAACCAGACGAAACAUCUGAACAUUACUGAAGUCUGUCAGACGUGUUCAGAAGACUACACAUGUGGUUAUGGCUUCACUGAAGCUGUGAUCCGAUUGGUCGUCUCUGGUCUGGUGGGCGUGGCUGCUGUUGCUGUUCUGGUUUAUGACGUCAGAUCUAAAAGUGUUGGGCAGGAGAGGAGAGAACAGACAACAUCACUCAAGUAAAUAACUGAUGAAUAAGAUAUUCGCUAGGGGAAGACGUUCUUGAACAUCUGGAUCCAUUCAGAGCAUGUCAGCAAUUUCCUCUCCAAACAUUCUCCAAACACUCCUCUCCAACUCCAGAGGAGUAAGAAUGACGAAAUGAGAGUGAUCAAGCUUUCUCAAGAGUUUUUAGACUCUACAACAAAUCUUUGUUCGUGCCCACACUCUCAUUCAUCCUGUCUGUCUUAAAGGUUGACCAAAAAAAAAAAAGAUAAUUCUGUCAAACCUGUAUAACGUUCUUUCUGUCAUGGAACACAAAAGGAGAAGUUAUUCUCAUUCACCAUUAGGACUGCACAGUUAAUCAGAACAAUAAUCAAUGUUAUGAUUAUAGCUGCCACGAUUCACUAAUUGUGAGAAGUGUCAAUUACAGGUUUCUAUUUAGGUGUAUUCCUGUUACAUGCAUCUGAACUUUAUAUUGACAACAUGUUUUUUUUGCAAUAGUUGAGCUUUGUAAUCAAUCAGAUGUGUCUGCUGAGCAAUUUAAAGGUGUGCUGAAACAUCACCUGGCAAGAAAAAAGCUUUAGGAUCAGAGCGAAUAGUACCAGCGGUAUUUGAAAUGAUCUUGGAUUCGAUCUCACCGCAUGUCCCAUUGCUGCUUGCAAUGUAGAGGAUGUAACAAAACUAACAGUGAUGCAACACUUGAAUUAAACUAAACCUACAGUAAGAGACGCUUCAGUUAUUAUAUUGAGAAUGUUUUAAAAUAGUCACACUGUUCGUACCUUUUCAUUCUGCGAAGAGGGUCAAUAUUCAUAUUUGAUGCAUUAAUACAGAUUUGAUGCUGUUGGGUUUUGACUGAGAAGCAGAUCUGUAAUUAAAAUUAUACUUAACUGUUAAUUAACUGCUUAUGAUUUCUAUGCUGAUAAAUCCACCACACAGGAAAAAAUAGCUUAUUUUUGUUUAUUUUGGUGAGGCAAGUGGCUUAUUUUGGGCUUGUUUUUCCAGACCAGUUUCUCUUGCAAGAUCUGGCAACACUGAAACUGUUAUUUCACCCACCCCUUUAGCACAGAGUACCGUCACUUUAAAAAAGAACGAUAUUAACCAUCCUUUUAUUUUGUUCUAACCGGUUACCAUUUGGAAGGAAGACUGCAGAAUUUCCGAACCGGAACGAAAAAAUACUGUUUUUGCUCAUAACGUAUGGAAAUGAAAAACAUUUUGUUUUUAGUCCCUGGUUAAACAUACAGUAAUAUACAUUUUUACUACUGAUUAUACAGUAAAAUCAUUAAAAAAAAAAAAUACAAUAUUUUACUGUAUAAUUCCAUGCAUUGUCCUGUUAAAUAUAUUACAUUUUUUUAACCACAUGUGUUAAGGUAACCAGCCAUUAACCAAUUAAAGUUUUUUUUACUGUACAACUUUUACAUUAUUUUACAGUCUGGUGUUUUUGGAGAACCUUUUUAAGUUCCACAAAGAACUUUUUAUUCCCUACUUAUUCCUGCAGCUCUAAAGAACCCAGAAACCAAAACACUGAUCUUAUUCAUUUAUGAUGAAACAAAGUAUAUUAGGCUUGUAAUCUACACAGAACCACAUGGCUCAACUCAAGAACCCUUUACACAGAAAAUGGUUCUUGAUAAGACUAUCGUUUACUGUACCUAAGUAAAGAAUAUAUUAUAAAGAAUGUAUUUUUUUUUUUUAUUUAUAAGUGUACGUAACUACACUG